UAAUAGUUACAUAAAGUUAUAUAUUAGAAUUAAGAUACGCACAUAGAGAAGGAAGGAGAUCAGUUAAUUUUGUUUCGUAAUUCAUUAUAAUCAGGAAGUCAACAAUCGUAAAAGCUGUAUUACAUAAACAUGCCACAAGCUGCUGCGCGCGUACUUACCGGUGGUGUUCGCCUGCCGCCCAUGCCUACCAUACGCGAUCUUGUUAAACUUUACAAACUGCAAGCUAUUAAAUAUAUGAGUCAGAAUUUCAUUAUGGACGAGCGGCUAACUGAUAAAAUUGUUAAGUCUGCCGGUCGAAUCGAUCCACAUGAUACUGUAUUGGAAGUUGGUCCUGGUCCGGGUGGUAUUACACGUUCAAUUAUUCGUCGUACACCAGGCAGAUUGGUGCUUGUGGAGAAAGAUGCCCGUUUUAUGCCUGCGCUAGAAUUAUUAAAAGAAUGUGCACGCCCAUUGCAAACACAAGUUGACAUAUACGAAGGGGAUAUAUUACGUUUUGAUAUAGAAAAGCAUGUGUCAGAGAUAGAACAUCGCCUCCAUUUGAUUGGAAAUUUACCUUUUUCCAUAUCUACGCGUUUACUUAUUAAUUGGAUACAUGAUUUGUCUUUGAGACGUGGUGCUUUUCGUCGUUCCGACACAGCUAUGACACUGACUUUUCAGAAAGAAGUUGCUGAACGUAUUUGUGCCCCACUUGGUCACGACCAACGGUGCCGUUUAUCAAUUAUGUCUCAAAUAUGGACGCAACCUUUAAUGAAAUUUAUCAUACCAGGAAAGGCAUUUGUGCCUAAACCGGAUGUUGAUGUCGGCGUUGUUAAAUUAAUACCGUUGAAACAGCCCAAAACACUUUUGCCCUUCGAAUUGGUCGAGCGUGUAGUACGCCAUGUAUUUAAUAUGCGUCAAAAGUAUUGCCGUCGAGGAUAUAGCACGCUUUUUCCACCUAAAGAUCGUGACGAUAUAACUGAUUCACUUUUCGAGUUGGCCGAUGUUGAUCCAAUAAUAAGGCCUUUUGAAUUAUCUGUGGAGGAACAUUUACGUUUGGCAACAGUAUAUGCGGAGUUUAUGCAAAAACACCCCGAAUUCGCUGAUUAUGAUUAUCGCGGAAGAAAGCAGCCGGUUGAAAACUAUUUAGAUUGAUAAAUUGAUGGAAUUAAUAAAUCUUUUUGGAAUGAUUCUUUCUUUGUUAAAAAUGUAAUGCAUCUUUCUCUUGUAAUUUCAGUUAAAUGUUUUAUUUCAAAAACUGAAUUGUUUUAAAAAAUGUUGGUUAUAGAUUACAAUGAUCAAAUACAUAUAUUAAUGUAAAAUUAUUCGAGCUUAUAUUUAAUAAUCGGUAUGGUUGUAAACA